UUUAUAAGUAUUUAAAAUAUUUUUUUUAUGAUUUUUGUUGGGUACGGUUAUGUUAUUAUUUUUAAAAAAGUAAUGUAACGAGUAUGGAACAAUUCUGCUUAAAGUGGAACAAUUUCCAAAACAGUAUUAUUUCUGCAUUCGAGAGUUUACAAAAUACAGAGGAUUUAGUGGAUGUAACGCUAACGUGUGAAGGUGUUAGUAUAAAAGCACACAAGAUUAUUUUAUCAGCUUGUAGUCCAUACUUUCGAACAGUAUUCAAGGAAAAUCCAUGUUCUCAUCCCAUAGUUAUUUUAAAAGAUGUACAUUACAUUGAUUUACUAGCAAUCCUAAAUUUUAUGUAUCACGGUGAAGUUCUUGUUUCUCAGAGUCAGUUACAGUCUUUUUUACAAACUGCAGAACUACUUCAAGUAUCAGGUUUAAUUGGGGUAUCUGAAAAUCGAAGUAAAUACAUUGCAGAUUUAAGUAAUGCAUCUGCUAAACCCCAUAAAAAGACAAAAGUUGUUACAUCACCAGAUAGAUUAACAAAGAAAGCCAAGUUGUUAUCAAAACAUAAACUAACAAAAUCCCUGACAAAUAGUCCACCUGCAAAAUUAUGUGGUCAAUUUGAAAAAAGCAAAUCACCAAAUGAAAACUUUGAAGUUGUUCAAGUCGAAUCAAUUAAGGCAGAAAUAGAUGAUGACAGUAAAAGUGGCUCUCUUGAUUACAAUGAAAACAUUGAAAAUGAAAAAAAUUCACAAGGAUCAAUUUUAGAGGCUGCUUUAGAAUGUAAAGACUCACAUCCAAGUAUAUUAGAAAGAUCUCUAAUGUCUCUUCCAGCUAAAUCGUCAACUUCAUUUCCCAUGGAGCCCAUAGUCACUCUUGCACAGCCACUUGAAUCUCCUAUUAUGCCGAGAAAGACUUCAGAACAGAUGGAUUUAGAUCAUCAUGUAUUUAAACAAAAACUAGACAGUCCUUCAACUGCCACUGCUAAAGCGUAUGAUCUCAUAAUAGAAAAUCUACCUAAAAGUAUUAAAAGUGAAAAUGAUGGGGGAAUUAGUAUUGAACAAAGUCCAGAAAAUUCACAGGGUGCACAUGAAUUUUCUUCUCUAAUGGCAAGGAGUCUUUCAGAGACUAUACAUCACAGUUCUCAAUGUGGGAAUUGUCCUCACUGUGGUAAAAUUUACUCGAAUCAGUCAGCCCUAAAAUACCAUGUACGACUGGUACACUCAGAUUUGACGAACAUGUACUGUUGUCAUCUAUGCCCCGAAUCCUUUGAUUAUAGAGAAGGCUAUAAGAAACAUAUGGUUGAAGUACAUAGUAUAAGAAAUUAGGUAUAUAAAUUAUUUAUUUUUCCAUUUUUAUAAUAAAAUUGUGGUAAUGAAGUUAUA